UACUGUAGUGUACUUUUUUUUCACGCACGCGCAUCAAGUAGAACCCAAAAACUCAUAACAUGCGACGCAAAUAAUAAUACCGUUUUUCUUGAUACUAAGUUUGUAAUCUACAUAGUGAGGUUAUCAGUGCGAAAUAUCUCAAAGAAAAUGGCUGGCAAAUCUGAGCUGUGCAGCAUAUGUGAUGGAAAACUCGACGGAAAGAAACAACAGGUUACUGUGAAGCAAGUCGGCUUACAAAGUUUGAUCAGAGCUAGCAAAGAGCGCAAAGAAGAGAAACAUUCAAAAUGGCUGGAUCUUGACGAGCUUGUGGUCCAUAAACAAUGUCAACUUAAUUUUAUUUGUAAAAGACAAAUUGCAGCUGCGAAAAAGAGGAAGCUCAAACAAUCUCUAAGUUCUGAAAAGCCUAGCCACGAUGAUGAGCCAGAAGGCGCGGAAAAUACUUCUGAUUCAAAGGCAUGUUUGAUUUGUAGCGAAAUUGGGGAUGAAGAAUUUGAAGAGAAAGUCAAAAAAUCCGAAUUCAAAAGAUUGAUCAGCAUUAGCAAACAACUUGGAGAUGAUAAAUACCUGGACUGGGUUGAUGUUCAAGAGAUUGUGCUUCAUAAAAAAUGUUACGCUACUUAUCUUUCCAAAAAAGAACCAUCUGCAAAGAAAAGGAAGCUUGUGUGAGGAUACAUAGGUCUAAUAUACAAAAAAAAGUUUUGGAAGUCGUGUAUUGAAGAAGAAAAGUGCGAUGAAAAAUAGAAUCUAGAGAUUAAAAAAUUUUUAAAUUUAAUUUUUGUGCUUAUGGAUGUAAUUUUGUUUUUUUUUUUU